AUGAUCACCGUGAGAGCCGCCAGUACUGACGCGGUCGCUGCCACUCCGGGCACUAUCGUUGCUGGACCGAACGGCGGUCUUCAAGUCCUGCAAGUUGUGAAUGCGCAAACUUCGGGCCUUAGCCUGGCUAACUCCUCGGCUGGUCAGGACGCCGUUGGCAAUCGUCUGCAAACCGUGCAGGUUCAGCUUUCGGAUCUCACUCCCGGUGUAAGUACCUCCGGCUGCUAA